ACCCCAAAAGUAUAAUUCCACAUCCACGAUCCUCAUCAUUUAUAUCAAAAUUACCAACACCAUUGUUUUGUGAGAAACAACCAAAGUUUAACCAAACCAAAGCAGCUAAAAGAAUGGAAGCUGUGGGAGUAGCAAGUGGAUUAAGCCCCUGCAUUUCACCACCACCACUUCACUGCUCUCUCACCACCCACCUAAGUUCCCUCCAUUUCCACCGCAACAACCACCAUAAUCAGCAUAAAUUAGCUGCAUUUCACUCUCAAUCCCAUCUUUUUUCCUAUUCUCCAACAUCUCCUCUUUCUCCAAACAAACCCACUAAAACCCACAUCUUUCUUCCUCGUUUGGUUGCAGCCAUGGAAAAUGUUGAGGAAACUUACAUUAUGGUUAAACCAGAUGGAGUUCAACGUGGCUUGGUAGGGGAGAUUAUUUCCAAAUUUGAGAAGAAGGGUUUUAAGUUGAUUGGAUUGAAGAUGUACCAAUGCCCUAAAGAUUUAGCUGAGGAACACUACAAAGAUCUCAAGGCGAAGUCAUUCUAUCAGAAGCUGAUUGACUACAUAACAUCUGGUCCCGUUGUUUGUAUGGCUUGGGAGGGAGUCGGAGUGGUUGCAUCAGCACGUAAGCUAAUAGGGUCAACAGAUCCUCUUCAAGCUGAACCUGGAACUAUUAGAGGAGAUCUUGCUGUUCAAACCGGGAGGAAUGUAAUUCAUGGAAGUGAUAGCCCUGAUAAUGGCAAGCGUGAGAUAGCCCUGUGGUUUAAAGAAGGUGAAAUAUGUCAAUGGACGCCUGCUCAAGCACCAUGGCUGAGGGAGUAAAAUUUAGCUCAUCGUUUUGUAUGUUUCUAUUGAUUGAGCACAAUGCGCAGUUUUGAGGCUUUGUUUACCCUGGCUUAACGUUCUUUUAAAUGAUUUAUGUUGAUUCUGUUAGAGAAUUAUGUAUGAUUUUUGUAUUUCACUUGUAUACAAAAAACGCAAGUUUUAAAACCGAGUAUGGAGUCCUCAUACGAGCAUUGACUGAA